AUGCAGAUCCAUGCAGGAGCGAGCGUAGGUCUGAGAGAGAUCUUGGGCGUGGCCACACCCAUAUGUUGGGCCAGCCAGCUUUUGCUCUUGGUUUCUUUUUCAAAUCCGAAAGAGGACGAAGCAGCAACAUUCACUACGAGGAAACUUCUUCUCUACGGAGAAAUCAGAAGACAAGAGACACGGCGCUUGAUGCAAUUGCGUCGCAAGUAGACGUAGUGUGGUUCUUCAGUACUCACGCACGACCUCAAUUCAACAUCAAAAAAGGCGAGCGCUUUGCAGCUUUCGUUUUCAAUUGAGCGCCAACUUCUGCUGCCAUGGUAAUCAAUGGAGGAGGAAUGUCGUCCAUCCUGCAGAGCAUCGCGCCGCCUUGGAGCACUACGCUGCGAAGCAUCGAGCUUUCUGGGGCGGGCGCUAACAAGGAGCGGCGCCGACUCCAUCGACCGCGCACGCGCCGCGUUCCUUCGUUGAUGCCUAUAGGCGGGCCGCGCGCGCCGUCUCUGUCUGUGCCGUGCGCCCUAGCCCGGGCCGCUUAUUUUUUGCAUUUGGCCGGCCCCAGGCCGCCGGGCGCCGGCCUUGCUUCUGGCCCGCUUCGUUCCGCCGCGCGCGGGCCGUUUGAAUGGGCCCCCGGCAAUGGCCGGGCGAUGUCGGGGCCAACACCCGGAAGGGCCGCCCGGGCCCGCCCCCGGCAGCUUCGGUAGCCCCGUGGCGGGACCGUGCACGAGCCUGCCCACCCUGGAUUGCGUGCCAGAUGGGGUUUUGCCCGCCAGGGACAUCGCCCAUUUUUUUGCCCCCAUGCCCGCUAGCGCGGGCCACUUGGCCCCGGGGCCCGCCACGUAGGCGCUCCGCAGCUCGCUGCAGCUAGCAGCCCCAUCCGUCGGUGGAGGAUCGGUGGGUAUUUACCUUGUUUUCGCCGUGGUUGCAGAGGAGGUGCUAUAAAUACAGACUGCGUGCGGCCCGCAGUGGCACCUUUGUACGCACUCAGCCGAGCAGCGACGCCUUCUGGUGAUCAGGCACUCGGCCUCGACCUUCCUUGUUCGUGUCUAUUCCUUCCUCGAUGUUCGUGUCUACUACAGCCUGUUAUUGUGGUCGUCGUUGGUUCAGCGCGGUCCUUAGUAUUCUUUUUCAUCAUUGAGCAAAUUAAGAUUAACUUCAACAUAGAUCUGAUAUGAUAUAGCCCGCAGGCUUCUUAAAGGACCCCAGUCCUGGCAGGCUUCCUUCUUAAAGCGAUAGCGAUGGGCAGUCCCAUCUUGAGCAGCCGAGGGAUGGAGUGAACCAAAAAGAAACUAUGAGAGGCGCUUUUUACAGUGGACGUUGCGUAAGAGUUACGUCAUUGCCAUUUAUAUUUGCUUCUUUAUCUUUGUGUUGAUCGGCAUCGCAUGUAUACCUGUCGGCCACGAGAGCGAGCAGUUAACUCUGGCGUAGGUCGUGUGGCCAGUAGCGAACCACC